AUGGCCUCAGAAAUCUACAUGCCAGGCCCAGUAUGCCUCAUUGAGAAUGCUAAAGGGAAACUGAGGGUUAAUCCAGAAGGCUUGAAGACCCUGUCUGCCAUUACCCAGCCUGUGGUGGUGGUGGCUAUCGUGGGCCUCUACCGCACGGGCAAAUCCUACCUGCUGAACAAGCUGGCUGGGAAGAACAAGGGCUUCUCUGUUGGACCCACAGUGCAGUUUCACACCAAAGGACUCUGGAUGCGGUGUGUGCCUCAUCCCAAGCAGCCAAACCACACCCUAGUUCUGCUUAACAAAGAGGGCUUGGGAUAUGUAGAGGAGGUGACAGAAUUCUGUUCUUACAUCUUGUGCAAUUCUAAAACUAAAUUCAACUUCAUCAAGUUCAAUGGACCUGAACAGGGAGAACUGCUCAAGGAGGAACUCAGAGAAGAUAGCAAAACACUUCAGGAAAAGAUCUAG